AUGGCGCCUCUUAGUUUCCUGCUAACCACUCUAGUCGUCGUGUUAUACUCGGCCGUCCCAGUGCGACCCCAUGGUAUAGCAUCCGCUCUCGUUGUCGACGGCACCUUCUACGAUGGCUACAAUCCCAGCUACCAGUGGAAUAAUCCGGCGCCGGUAGUUGUUGGGUGGUCUGUACCUGACGAUCUUCAAAACACAUUCAUCGCGCCCAAUAACUUCGGCACAGCAGACAUGAUCUGCCACCUGGGAGCAAAACCGGCGGGGGCCGCUGCCUUCGUCAAGGGAGGAGAAGUGAUCGAAGUACAGUGGACGCCGUGGCCGAGUUCUCACAAGGGGCCCGUUAUCGACUAUCUUGCCAACUGCAACGGCGCAUGUGAAACGGUAGACAAAACCAAGCUCAACUUCUUCAAGAUCCAGGAGGUCGGCUUCAUCGACCCGGCCACGGACCUCUGGGCUGCCAACGUCCUCACCAACAACAACAAUAGCUGGCUUGUCAAGAUACCCUCCGACAUUGCGCCCGGUAACUACGUCCUUCGACACGAGAUCAUUGCCCUCCAUGCGGCGGGGCAGACCAACGGCGCACAGGCGUACCCCUUUUGCUAUAACCUGGCCAUCGAUAGCAGUGGGACGGCGACUCCGACGGGUAUACCGGCAACGGAAUUUUACAAGGCGAGCGAUCCAGGCAUUAAGUUUGAUUUAUUCUCGCAUCCGACGAUUUAUGUGAUUCCUGGGCCGGUUCUUUCCCGGAAGAGCAGGCGCGAACUCGAAUAA